UUCGAAACUAACUUGUGUAGCUUUAUGUUAUGAUUUAAGGUGAAGGUCGUUGAACAUGUGUACACGCAAGGUAGUUGCAAUUAUCUGUUGUUGAUGGUUGUGUGUAGAGGUUGAAAAUCAACGUUAUCAUGGUGAAGAAUAGAAAGAAAGUGCCGGAUGUUUCCCGUGAGGAGCUGAUGGUGAUGACGGUCACAGAGAUUAUCAAUCAGCUGAUCAAAGCUCAUCAAGAGGGCAGAGAUAUCAAUCUGAACAAAGUAAAGACCCAGAUCUCCAGCAAGUAUGGAUUAUCGAGUCAGCCACGCCUUGUUGAUAUCAUUGCUGCAGUGCCACAUCAACAUAAAAAAGUUCUGUUGCCCAAACUGAAGGCGAAGCCCGUCCGAACAGCCAGUGGUAUUGCUGUGGUUGCUGUGAUGUGUAAACCUCACCGCUGCCCUCACAUCGCCAUGACAGGGAACAUCUGUGUGUACUGUCCCGGUGGUCCGGACUCAGACUUUGAAUACUCCACACAGUCAUAUACAGGAUAUGAGCCGACGUCCAUGAGAGCAAUCCGAGCCCGAUACAACCCGUAUCUCCAGACCCGGCACCGAGUGGAGCAGCUGAAGCAGCUUGGACACAGCGUAGACAAGGUAGAGUUCAUUGUGAUGGGCGGGACUUUCAUGUGUCUUGCUGAUGAAUACAGGGACUACUUUAUCAGAAAUCUCCAUGAUGCGUUAUCAGGCCAUACAAGUAGUUCUGUGGAUGAAGCUGUCAAAUACUCAGAGAAGAGCAAAACAAAAUGUAUUGGUAUCACAAUUGAAACAAGACCUGAUUAUUGCCUUAGGAAGCACUUGAGUGAUAUGUUAAAGUACGGGUGCACCAGGCUUGAGAUUGGUGUCCAGAGCGUGUAUGAAGAUGUGGCACGGGACACAAACAGAGGUCACACAGUGCGGGCGGUGUGCGAGUCAUUUCAGAUGUCAAAAGACGCAGGGUUUAAAGUGGUGGUUCACAUGAUGCCGGAUCUCCCCAAUGUGGGAUGGGAGAGAGACAUCGAACAGUUUAUUGAGUUCUUUGAAAAUCCAGCAUUUCGACCAGAUGGUUUGAAGAUUUACCCCACCCUUGUUAUUCGAGGCACAGGUCUGUACGAGUUAUGGAAGACAGGUCGAUACAAGAGUUAUCCCCCCAGUGUACUUAUUGACCUGAUUGCCAGGAUCCUGGCCCUGGUGCCGCCCUGGACAAGAGUGUACAGAGUGCAGAGAGAUAUCCCCAUGCCGCUAGUCACAUCAGGUGUGGAACAUGGCAAUCUCCGAGAGUUGGCGCUGGCGAGGAUGAAAGACCUUGGCACCCAGUGUCGGGACGUCCGCACACGGGAGGUGGGCAUACAGGAGAUACACCACAAAGUGAAGCCGUAUGAGGCGGAGCUGAUACGUCGAGACUAUGUAGCUAAUGGUGGCUGGGAGACGUUCCUGUCAUACGAGGACCCGGAACAGGAUAUUCUGAUUGGCCUACUUCGGCUGCGCAAGUGUUCUGAGGAGACGUUCCGUGCGGAGUUGAAGGGCGGCUGUUCCAUUGUGCGGGAGCUGCACGUGUAUGGCAGCGUUGUUCCGGUCAAUGCACGGGAUCCCACCAAGUUUCAGCAUCAGGGUUUUGGCAUGUUGUUGAUGGAGGAAGCAGAGAGGAUCGCUCGUGAAGAACAUGGCUCCCACAAGAUGGCCGUCAUCUCAGGUGUUGGUACAAGGAACUAUUACCGCAAGAUUGGCUAUGAGUUGGAAGGCCCCUACAUGUCCAAGUCACUUCUCUGAGACUCCUGUCACCGCUGUUACUAAGUGAUACAUUGUGAUACAGCACCAGGCCUGUGGCAUUAAACAGAGAUGAUCAAAGUCCCGGACUGAACACAAGGAGGAGCAGUAGUGUUACAACUAUCUUUUGUCUGGAGCUACAUACAGGCUACCGUCUUUGUCUGGACCUACAUACAGGCUACCGUCUUUGUCUGGACCUACAUACAGGCUACCAUCUUUGUCUGGAGCUACAUACAGGCUACCGUCUUUGUCUGGACCUACAUACAGGCUACCAUCUUUGUCUGGAGCUACAUACAGGCUACCGUCUUUGUCUGGACCUACAUACAGGCUACCAUCUUUGUCUGGAGCUACAUACAGCCUACCAUCUUUGUCUGGAGCUACAUACAGGCUACCGUCUUUGUCUGGACCUACAUACAGGCUACCAUCUUUGUCUGGAGCUACAUACAGGCUACCAUCUUUGUCUGGAGCUACAUACAGGCUACUGUCUUUGUCUGGAGCUACAUACAGGCUACCAUCUUUGUCUGGAGCUACAUACAGGCUACCGUCUUUGUCUGGACCUACAUACAGGCUACCAUCUUUGUCUGGAGCUACAUACAGGCUACCAUCUUUGUCUGGAGCUACAUACAGGCUACUGUCUUUGUCUGGAGCUACAUACAGGCUACCAUCUUUGUCUGGAGCUACAUACAGGCUACCAUCUUUGUCUGGAGCUACAUACAGGCUACCAUCUUUGUCUGGAGCUACAUACAGGCUACCAUCUUUGUCUGGAGCUACAUACAGGCUACCGUCUUUGUCUGGACCUACAUACAGGCUACCGUCUUUGUCUGGAGCUACAUACAGGCUACCAUCUUUGUCUGGACCUACAUACAGGCUACCGUCUUUGUCUGGACCUACAUACAGGCUACCAUCUUUGUCUGGAGCUACAUACAGGCUACCGUCUUUGUCUGGACCUACAUACAGGCUACCGUCUUUGUCUGGACCUACAUACAGGCUACUGUCUUUGUCUGGAGCUACAUGCAAGCAAAAAUAGCAGUUAUAAAAUGUGCCCAUCUCAUUGUACAUAUAGCCAUGACAACGAGAUGAAGCAUCAGACAUCCAUGGUAACUAGUGACAGUCACAGGUGGCCCCUUGACUUUGAUGCCACAAUUCACUGUGCAGAGUUAUGUCCCUUAGGCGUGCCAGAACCCAAUGAUCGUCAGUUGGAAGCCCAUUUACACCUUGAUCUGUUUGUCAGAACAUUCUCGUGAGUUUCAAUAAAUGUCAAAACCUGGAGUGGGUUUUUCUACCACAUUAAA